AUGACUUUUACAGUGGUGGUGGGCGCCCGCGUUCCAGGUCGCCUCAUGAAGACGGAAUUUGCAAUCGUCACGGUUGCCGUCGAGGUUCUUGCCACUGUCGACACAAACGGUAAGUUUGACCUGACUCGUCAAGAAGGCGCGGCCGUGGUGGGGCGUCCUAUUGACCAGACUAUACCAACGGCCCUCGUUGAGUCUCAGCCGGUUCAGACCGGGUCGUAUUAUGCAUUGAAGACAGAGAGUCCUACCAAUGAGGGGUUCAAUGGACAUGCGAUGGUGGCCAACGAAACUUCCAACAGCUCCGAAGCUGUAUGUUGUCAAGUCUUUGUAGGCACCCUGCGAGAACUAGUCCUGGUUCCCCAAGAGCAGCACCUAGCAGCAAGUCUGUCUUCGGAAACACCAACGGAACGAUCAUGCAUUACAUCGCAGCUAUCGGUAUUGCGCUUCCGUUGCUCACCAUCGGCGUACGCGUCAGCCACCACAAGAAUUAAGAACGAACCUCCGUUCGCGUUUUUCGACUUCGACGCUGCGUCCAAGACGGCCCCUACGGGGGCUGGCCAUAGGGAACAUGGGACGUGGUUGAUUCCAAGGUUUUUGGUAGUUCGUCUCGGCUCCAAAGCCAUGGGGCGUGGGGGGUGGUGGGCGCCCCUGUGCAAAGACAAAAUUUACAACCGCUACCGCUACCUGGAUUAUGAAGGAACGGAAGAGGCGAGUGGGUCGACCGUUGCCGCAACAGCAGCGAUGAACGUCGCAUAUCUCGCCUCCCAACUCACCGCCUUCAGAUACUGGCGGAGUCUGGCCGGACCAAGACGGGCUCUACACCUGGAACAACUCCAAGAAUUUUCCCUUCGCAUCCGGGUCACGAAGGCGAAAAUCAAGAGCGUUAAAUUGGACUCCGUCCUCCAGCACAUCGAAGAGAUCAAGGACAAGAAGGCCAUUGUGUGGGCCCUCCAUCAUAAAGCUUUCCCAGACUUCCACAAGAAGCUAGCCCUGCAGACGGCGGCUUUUCUUUGGAUAUAA